AUGCAUUAUAGUGUACUGUUACUCGUUUUUGUGACAAAUACGGUUUCUGCCUAUUACAAUAAUCACGCGACAACUAAAAGUUACGAAUUGGAAGUGCCAGGUUCAAACCCUAUUAGAAUAAUCGAAACCGACCCCUUAUGGAAUCGACACAGCAGCGAAAGAUAUGUGCAGACAUUUCCUGAACCUUGGACAGACGUAGAGCAUCGGUCGGUAAAAACACAUAAGCGCCCUAGUCAAUUAAAAAAUGAAGAUCUGAUGGGUGAAGAUUUAUCAAAGGAAACGUCUAAGGAGUUAAAUCAGUUUUUAAAAAACUACGCGGAGAAACUAAAACGUACACGACCUAUACCGAGUGCUGAACAGAACUUUGUGAGUGAUGAACGUUUAGAUAAAAUUGAACUUGUGACGAAACCGGAAGAAAUACCUACCAGUCGACUUGCGAAUCUUCUGCUUGUUGAUAAGAACGAAAACGUCAGUGAAGUAAAACCCUUUAGUCCCGCUCGUGAUAAAAAACACCGUCCAACCGACGAGAAAAAAGGAUGGGUGUCCUUAGAUGUUGUGCCCUGGUCUGUGUCCAAAGUUGCAAAGUGGCACAGUUCUGUUAUGAUGCAGGAAGAUGCACCUCAAAUAACUACUCAACCCAACUGGCAUCAUCUCCUAAAUAAACAAACCGUGUCCUAUAAUCAACCGUUGUCAAUCUAUAAAGCCAAGCCAUUCGUGUACGACUCCGAUCUGACGUCACACUCCAAACCCGACCCCCAAGACGUCAUGCCUUCGGAAUACCAAAUGAGUCCGGAAGGUGCACUGGUUUCCCCAAUGGCUGUUGACGAAAAGUUCUACCUUAAGGAUUACAUUGAUAGCAUCAAGCCACCAUGGAAAAAUAAGUACCAUAUCACCUACGGACAUCACGGUAAUAAAGAUCACGACUGCGAGCAUGGACAAUCUCCCAUUAUAACAGACGGCUUACCCCCCAACUUCCCGACGUACACCACCAAUGUGAAUCGACGAAAAGGAAUAGCUGUCGAUGACGAACACCCACUUACCCACCCCUUCAACGGCGCGGGCGAAUGGGUUCUAGUGACCACAACGAAAGGAUACAAACCAUCCCACGACAGACAACGAUCUUUAGACAUCGAAGCUAUUCCAGAGCACGAAGGCGAAUCCAUCAAUACGCACAAGUCGGUGAGAUUAACAGUGCUUCCGCCUUUAAACAAUUCGCGAAUAAACAUGACCACCUCACAUGGCGGUCUACUUCAAGUCGAAUCGACUUUCGAAACAGUUGACGAAGCUCAACGGAUGGCGGCAAAGAAAGAAAACAUCAAAAAGGGCCAGAUUAAGAAGAAACCACUUAGGAAACCACCACGUCUCGACGUCAUCCCCAGCGUUAACGUCGUUUCUACUCCUCCACCCGCAGUAGUAAACAAGCCGAAAGUACCUUCCCCAUCAUCAGUCUUAGCGGCAGUCGGGGCGGGAAUGAUCCCCGCAACAAUGGCCAUGCUAGUGCCGAUGGCGAUAGGACGCAGACGAAAACGAGACGUUCUCUUCCAAAGAAAACACAUUCCAUUACACUAUUUAUGAAUACUUUAUUUAUAUACAGUCUUAGGCACAAAUUAAAAAUAAUAAAUUAUUAAAUAACCA